AUGCCACUUGAUGUGAUCAAAGAGAUCCCUUAUCCCAACAGUCUUCGAGGGAUCCUGAUCUCACUGUCGAUGACUUCCAAUUACAGUAACUUGGCCAUAGUGGCUAACAGAACCAACUACGACAUCAUCGACAUUCGUCAAAUACGAAAGAUCCCUUUGUUCCAGUACUCACCCCUGCCUCUGAACCGGACCAAGCCGUUCAUGAUAGCAUAUAAGGCCUUUGACUCGGGCAAGGAGGAGUACUUGUUGACUGUCAAAUCUGACGAGUCAAUGUCGAUGGCCAUGAUCAUCAACUCCUUGGGCGAUGUCACCAGGGGAACCCUCUCCUGGGUGGACGUGGGGUAUCCUACCGGUGGGAUUGUAGUGAAGGGAGCCUUUGUCUAUGGGAUAUUCACCAAUAAGGAGAGAGGGACGUCAAAGCUCGUGGUGAGUUCGUUGAGAGACUUGAUUGUUAUAUCGAAGGAAAAUAUAUCUGAUCUCUUUGCUGAUCAAUUAGCAGGCACAGAGGAUGUAAAAGAAGAAGUACAGGAAGAAGUACAGGAAGAAGUACAUGAAGAAGGACAUGAAGAAGUACAUGAAGAAGUACAUGAAGAAGUACAUGAAGAAGUACAGGAAGAAGUAAAUGAAGAAGUACAUGAAGAAGUACAUGAAGAAGUACAUGAAGAAGUACAGGAAGAAGUACAGGAAGAAGUACAGGAAGAAGUACAGGAAGAAGUACAGGAAGAAGUACAGGAAGAAGUACAGGAAGAAGUACAGGAAGAAGUACAGGAAGAAGUACAUGAAGAAGUACGACAAGAAGAACCACAACAGAAAGAACAAAGACCUCUUCCAAUCAUCAAAUUGGGUAAAUCACAAUGUAUCAUGGCACCUGAUGACGAUGUUUCCCAGCUACUUUUAAAAGUCAACCUCAAAGAUGAUACUACAUUAGUGGAGAACCCUCCCUUGUAUAUGGUUACUCAUAAUGAUGUUCUAACAUUCUACAAUGACAACAGCAUAUGGAUAAUGGCUGAGGAGGACAACUUAAUGGAGAUACAAUCCCAAAUGCAGCUCUUUUUUGACAACAACAACAACAACAAUCUCGAGUUUAUACUGAGAGUUAAAAACUAUAUGAAGAGUCAAGCGGUUUCCUCGAACAUUUACGUAUACUGCUUACAUAUAGUGUUCCUCUCCUACCUAUACUUGCAUAACUAUGAUAAUGCAAUUCAGAUAGCAUUAUCUACAGCUGAACCUUCAGGAGAAUUGCUUAUUAGCUCUUCAUUGGUGUUCUAUUUAUGUGACAUUGAACCUCCAGGAGAAGAAAAUGCAUUAACUUUUAAAGGAAUCCAAACAUUCUUGAUCAGAGUUAAAGGUGCCUUCCAAAACGAACACUUUUUCAAAGAUUACUGCAGAGCAGGAUACAAACAAUUAGAUUAUAAAGCGUCGUCUGUUCUUCGUUUUCCAGUUUACAAUUCUUUCCAUUCAAGCUCUGAAAUCUUGGCUUUUAUAGACGAGGAAGAUGGUCAUAUUUGGAAGGACUUUGAGAAGUAUCCACAGAAUAUGGACAUUUUCAACGAGUUACAAGCCAAGAGCUAUUUUUUAGCCGUCAUAUACAUUUCAGAAUUGGCGAGGAAAGAUCCAAUGUUAUCGACAGAAAGAAGGUCAUUUUUUGAAUUAACUAUUAUUCGUACGUCCCUUGAUCUCAUGUCUACGAGAUGUAGGGAUUUAAGCAUGGAAUCCGUUAUACAAGACAAGAAAUACAGCAUGAAUUUGACGCAAAAGGUUCUAGAUAUCUUACCUGAAUUAGGUGAUCUCAAAGAGUACCUGAACGCAUUACUUGAAUUGAUAGAGUUAAGUCCUCCUGAAGGUAUUGAAUUUAUUAAAAAGCAUAAUGAUCCUCAUAAACAGACAAUCCACAAGCACAUAAUGGAUGUCUUAGCCCUGAAGAAGAACCAUAGUUUUGACUUUGGUGCUAUAAGACUAGAAUUUCUUGAAAACAGUUUCCUAGAGGACUCUGGAAACCGUUCUCUAGCUUAUGAACUACUACAGGAACUCACAAAGAAGAUAAGUACAGAUUUUGACCUGGAGAUCAUCAAGAAUAACUUUGAAAUUAUCAGAGCCACUUUUAAUCUAGAGUGCUCUUUAGAAUACACCAUUUGGCCCAAAGUUGGCUGGAUAGAUUAUCUUAUCAUCCAAUCUGGAAAGAGUGAGAUCUCUGAUUUCAUUAUUGGCUACGUCAAGGUGUUUGAGCUUCUAUUGAUUACCAACUCAAAGGAAGAAGAAGGUCCAAUUUUAGAUUUGUCUAUGUUUGACUAUUUAACUCUUGUUUCUAAUACAAAGGAGCCAGUGUCAAGCAAGGUAGCUGAGCUUCUUCAAAUCAAUGAUUUUUCAACGGCAGAAUUCUACGCAAUUCACGGGACGUUCCCUUCUCCGUUAAAGCCUUUCUACCUUAAAGGAGAUUCUUGGAGGAAAGAACCAUCACCUUUGUUAGAAAAUGUUCAAUUUAAUUUGCAGCAAAUACUCCAGUAUUACUUGAAGAAUCUGCCCGAUCAACACAGCUCAUUAGAACACACAAGACACUUUGUAUUGACGUACGGGACACAAUUUUUUUCACCAGCUGAAAUGUUAGGCAUGUUGCCUGAUUAUACCCCCAUUGCAUUUGUGGUAUCAUAUAUUGAUAAAUGCAUUAUUGGACUUAACAUUAAGCACGAAGAUACAAGCAUUCGUAAGUCACUUGCGAAAGCACGACUUAGACAGCUUCAACAAUUGGAGUCAGUGUUUAAAACAAGUGGAGAUCCAUAA